AUGACUUGGUUGGAUGAUCAACCCCCCUCGUCAGUGUUGUUUCUGUGCUUCGGUAGCAGGGGUAGCUUCGAGGAGGAUCAGGUGAAGGAGAUAGCCCAUGCGCUGGAACGCGCCGGUCAUCGUUUCUUGUGGUCCUUAAGAAGGCCGCCGGCAAAGGGGAAAAUUGAGGUGCCAAGGGAGUACGAAAAUCCAAACGAAAUCCUCCCAGAAGGGUUCAUGGAACGAACGGCUGAGAUUGGGAAAGUGAUAGGGUGGGCCCCACAGGUGGCGGUAUUAUCACAUCCUGCCGUGAAGGGUUUUGUGUCGCACUGUGGAUGGAACUCAACGCUGGAGAGCUUGUGGUGCGGUGUGCCAGUCGCAACGUGGCCAUUAUACGCGGAGCAGCCCAUGAAUGCGUUUCUGAUGGUGAAGGAAUUUGGAUUGGCGGUGGAGAUUAAGCUCGACUACGAUAAGGAAUUUUACAAGGGGGAGGAGCCGCCGGUGUUAGUGACGGCGGAGGAGAUAGAGAACGGGAUAAGGCGACUAAUGGAGGGAAACGAGAGUGUGGAAAUCAGGGAGAGGGUGAAGGAAAUGAGCAAGAAGAGCAGGACCGCCAUGAAGGAGGGCGGAUCAUCUCACGCAUAUUUGGGGCGGUUUAUCGAGGCAGUUAUUGACAACGUUUCUUAA